CGCUGAUGUCAUGGUGAAUGUGUCAUCUUCCACCAAUAACUAUGCCCCAGACUAGUUGAUUUUUCCAUAAAAGAGCACAUGGUUCAGUUACAGAGAAGUUGAUUUAAGGCAACACCGUGCGUCAGUAAUAGUGGGAGAUGUCAGCAGAGAGAAGGGGAGGCGUCAAAGAGGAAGCUGUUCAUUUUCCACCACGGCAGAAUCUCACACACCUUCAAUUCAGUGAUGAAACAGGACGGACACGCGAGAAGUAAACUGCUGAGGCCACCAAGUCGUGGAGGUCCAAAGAUGGUCACUGUUGAGGACAGUUCUGGCUCUGAGGCAGGGUCAGAGGUCAGUCCCGAACAUGAGACGGACCGCUUUGGCUUCAUCGUGUCCAGUGGAGCUGAAGCUCGGAUUGUGGGCCCACACCCUCAACUAGUCAGGCAGAGGGAGGCCAAGUGGAUCAACAUCAUGGACCAAUGGCAGAGCAUCUUGUUAAAAAAGACUAACAUGGUCAAAGUGCAAUGUCAGAAAGGCAUCCCGACUUCGCUCAGAGCAAAGUGUUGGCCUCUGCUGUGUGGUGCCACCAACAGGAUGAACCACAACAAACAACUUUUCCAGUCUCUGGACUCAAAGGCUGCUCUGAAAAAGUGGGUGGACAUUAUCGACAGAGAUCUGGACCGACAAUUUCCUUUCCACGAGAUGUUCCUCUCCAAGGAUGGACAUGGGCAGCAAGGUUUGUUCCAGGUGUUAAAAGCCUACACGCAGUACCAGCCAGAGGAAGGCUACUGCCAGGCACAAGGGCCAGUGGCUGCUGUUCUCCUGAUGAACAUGCCAGCAGAGGAGGCCUUUUGGUGUCUGGUCCAGAUUAGUGAGCACUACCUACCUGGAUACUACAGUCCUCUACUGGAGGGAGUCUUGUUCGACGCAACCAUGCUGACCUGGGUUUUGAAAAAGACGUGUCCUUCUGCGCACAAACACCUGCAGCGCCACGAAGUGGAGCCCCUGAUGUUCGCCACAGACUGGCUGAUGUGUUUGUUCACACGCCACUUGCCCUUCAACGCUCUCCUCCGAGUGUGGGACCUGUUUUUCUGCAACGGUGUGCAGGUGCUGCUGCAGGUGGCGGUGGUGUUGGUGCGUCACGUGCUGGGUCGGGACGAGCAGAGGAAACAGUGCCAGGGCCAGAUGGAGACCCUGCAGAGGCUGAGGGAUGUCAGGUGUGAGGUCCAAAAAGAGGACGAGGACUUCAUAGCAGAGGUGUGUGCUGUGCCACUUUCCUCCAGUGAUCUGGAGAAACAAACAGAGAAGGCGCUGGCAAAGUGGAGAAAAGACAGACCCUCGUCCACUUUUGACCCCAGAGGUCGCUGCCACGGAUAUCGUGUGGCGUGGGAGAGGGCUCAACUCAACCUGGCGGAGCUGGACAGGAAAGAGAGAGAGACGGGCAACCUGUCUGUGCCUCUCGCCCGCUCGGCCUCCUGCUUGUCGCUGUCGCCUUCGCUCCUUCACAAGAGGUGGAGGAAAGGGGGGAACAUCAGAGUACAGAAGGCCAGCGGCGGGGUUUCGAGGCAUCGCUCAAUGGGAGGAAAGGAUUGGAGAAGCUCCAAUGAGUUGAAUUUGCAGGAGAAAAGGGAGGAUAAUAGUAAUAAACAACAAAGAGGAGUCUCUGAUGAAAAGAAGCAGACAAGUGUGCCAAGAGAAAUAACCCAAACUCCAGUUGGUCAACAUAUUCGUUUGACCGAACAUGACGCUCACCAGGACCUAGAAGAGGAGCUUUUAAGUGAUUACAGAGACAUAGAGGUGGCAAGGAGUCCUUUGGAGACAGACCAAGGAGAGCCUAUAGCUUUAAACAAGGAUGACAUCAAAUCAGAGUCAGCAGCGAAAAAUGUGGCAAAGAGAGACAAAACUGAGGCUGUUUCAACAUCUGAGCACCAAACAAGAUCAAAAUUGGAUCAGGAUACAUCUAGUGAAGCUGUCAAGCUGUUGGGGACUGACUGGAGCUUGUCAUUGGGAGACACUUCCGGAGCAAAAUACCAUAGGACUGAAUCAUUAACAGAAAUGAACCCAGAACCCCAGAUAGAAACACAAAUUCACAUCCUGGCGCAGACCCAAGAAGAUGAGGUCGGGGAACACAAAACCACGCAGCAUCAUUUAGAUGACAUUCGAAAAUAUGACAAGCUAUGCUACACAAAUACUACGUGUAAGUCCUCGCUUCAAUGCAUCCAUCAGGUAAGAAGAAGAAGUGAAGCGUGUUGUCUUUGUUAUGAGACACAAAACAACACAACUGAACAAAAACAAACAGAUAAGGAAAUAAUUCCCAGCCUGAAACAAGUCUCUGUGAACAGGACUCCCCGCUUUUUUGAUGACGCCUGGCUCCCCAAGUCCUCCAGCUCAAAGUUAACGCGACGUCUUGCGCAAGAUCUCUUCACCCACCCCGGUCAAAGUGUUCGAGACACCCACUCUCCAAACCCAACUACUCAUCAGACCGUAGCAGCACAACAUGGGCCGCUCGAGCCUGCUAAACAUUUCAGUCUUUUCCGCAGGCAGCCCAAAAUGAAUACAGAGAAGAGGGCAGCCAAAAUCCAAGUCCCCACCAUCUUGAUCCAAGAUUUCAGUGAGGGAACGGGAAAAAUAGUUGAGGAGACAGCGAGCUCCAGGGAGAGCAGGAGGUGGUGGCAGCGUGAGCGAGAAAUGAGGGCGAAAGAGGAGGAAAGGUUGAGGAGAAAGAGAGAAAAAGAGGUGAAGAAGGAUGGAGAGAGAAGGAAACCGCAAACAAGGGGAAAAGGUUUUCAGGUGCAAGGAGACACAUUGGAAUGCUCCUCCUGUUAUGCUGAAGCUUACUUUUAAUCCAUUCUUUUUGCUUAAUAUUCAAGUUGGAUGAAUGCAUUUGAAUGCUGUGAGUCACGUACAUUAACAUUGUUUACUUUCGUUUGGUUUAUUCAAAGGAAAUGAUUUGCAUCUUGUAUACAAAACAAACCCCAAGUGCUUAAUGUUUAGUUUUAACAUGAUUCCAAAAGUUUGCAAUGUAACAACCCAAUAACAAUAUUCAUAAAAAAAUAAAUUGCCUAUUUUACAUUA